AUGAAAUUAUUAAAUAUUAACAAAGAAAAAGAAAAAUCUAACAGUAAUGGUUCAAUUCAAGAACAGUUCUCACCAAUUACUCCUGCCACCACCGAAAACAGCGAACUUGAAAACGUUAACAAAAACCCUUACAUGGAGGUAAUUUAUAAAAGAUUAAGAGCUAUGAGAAAGCGCAUGGUCAGAGUUGAAAAAUAUGAAGAAAUUGCUAAUUCUACUCCUGAUGGUAAAAAUCAAUUAAAUGCCGAUCAACUUAAUUCACUCGAAAAAAAAGGUGAACUUGCUGCAGUGAUUAAACAAUCCGAAGAUAUUUUGAAAUCAAUGGAAGCUGUUGAUAAAGAGGAGGUCAAAAAAGAAAAGGCACAAAAAAAGGCACAACAAGAAGAAAAUGAAAAGGCCAUUUCUAAUGCAAUCAAAGAAGCAAAGAAUGAACACACCGAAUCCAUCAUAUUUCUUCUUGAUUUUUUCCGAUUGGUCCACUUCCAACAAUUAAACAUCGUUCAAUUAUCAGAAUUGGAAUCAGAAGUGGUUGAAACGCUUCGUGCUAAACUUACUACAAUGGCUGAAGAAGCCAAAAACGAAGAGUUGAAAGAUCAACGUGUCAAAGAUAUUUUGGAUAAUGUUAAUAAGUUACAACAUAGCGAUGAAAAUAUUAUUAUGAAUUUGUUUACAAAUAGUAUCGUCGUACAAGAUUCUAACAAUAAAAAUGAGAAUGAUAAUAACAACUUGGAACAAGAAAUAACUUACUCUCGUGUUAGAUCAUUGAUACAAAGUCCACCAAUAUUAGAAACCACUGAAGUCCAGCUUGAACAAGAAGAUAUUGACGAUGACACAAAUAACAACAUUAACCAAGAAGAAUUUGUCAUCAUCAACAAAGAAACAGAAAAUAAUGCUGAUAAUAGCACAUCUAAUAUCAAUAAAAGUGAUUUAGAUCAAGAUGAAAAAUUGCAAAUCCAACCAGAAAUAGAAACAUCAAUCGAAGAAACUUCACAAAAUCAAACUGUUCAAGAAAGUGUUCGGCUAGCAGCUGAUGAUGUAACCGAUACUAUAGCAGCUGCACGAUUAAAUCAAACUGCUGAAAUAGAACAUCAAGCAUCAUCACCACCACCACCACAAAUAUCACAGCAAUUUCAUUACCCUGAACAAAAUCCCAUUGAACAAUCAAAUCAACACGAUGAUGAUACAAAUUUAACCCAACAACAACCGUCAAAUGUCGACGUAGUUACAAAUGAUGAUAAUAAUCAGCAAAUCUCACAAGAACAAUCAGUCACAACAUCUCAAGAAUACGUUAUUCAACCAACUCAAAUUUCAAACGACGAAAAUUUAACUCAAUCGAUAACAGAGCCUAUAUCUACUAUACCUACAUCUGUAACUGAUACACAACAACAAUCACCGCCAAUAGUAUUAUCACAACAACAACAAACCUUUGAAUCUGAAUCACAAAACCAACAACCAUCCAAACCGCAAAUAAGACAAUUCGUAUCCAAACAACUUGGCGAUACUCAACCCCCACCAUUAACACCAAGAAAUCAAGGUAAUUCAAAUAGAGGUUACCGCCCAGCUUACCGCAAUAAUAGUAAUCGCACCAGUGGUAACAAUAACAGUGGUGGCAAUAACAACGGUGGAUAUAAUAAUAAUAGAGGAGGAGGCCAAAGUCAAAGAAGGGAUAGCGGUAGUUAUAAUAGUGGAAGUUACAACAACAGCAAUUAUAAUAACAGCAAUUAUAAUAAUGGUUAG